GAUGCGGCAGAGAGUUGUGACUGAAAGGGGGCGACGUCAGAUGGGCAGGAACCGAAUAUUAGAUUUGGUAGAGAAAGCCCCCCUGUCUCAAUGUAAGAGGGAAGAAAAAGGCGAGGGGGGAGGGAGAAACCUUAAAAAGAAGAAGAAAGACCACCGACAUCCAACCAGCGAGCUGUCGGCGAGUAGCUGGAGGAAGGAAAUAGCCGCGAAGAGGGUGUGCGAGGGGCCGUUUGAAGACUGACUUCAGGGGCAUUUUUGCAGCUUAUAGAGCACGAUGAUAUACUUCUGGAGCUCCCUCGGUAAGAUGUAGUGCUGUGAGCAGACGUAAGGCACACUGGUGUAGAGACUCGCACUUACGGUGCGCGGAGAGCCAGCGGAGAGCAAGGUCAGAGCUGAGAGGACGGAGCCAGCGGAAGCUAUUCGAGAAGGAUCACAGCCGCUGGACCCUUCUUCUCAGUUGGGCUUCUUUCUACAUUGAAUUUGAAAACCUUCAUAUUUUGGAUUAUAAAGAAACCAGACUCCAGGACUUCGAGAAGCUUCAGAACUUUCAGGACACACCUGCACCAUGUGUCAUGUGAUUGUGACAUGUCGCUCCAUGCUCUGGACUCUUCUCAGCAUCAUGGUCGCCUUCACUGAGCUCAUUGCCUUCAUGAGCAACGACUGGCUGGUGGGUACCACCGCUGGAUCAACCGUCGACAUUGGAUCAUACGGGUCCCCGGACCCUUACAGGCCCACGCUGGGACUCUAUGGGCGCUGUCUACAGUUGUCAAGAGGGGUCCAGUGCGGCCCAUAUGCCACACACUUUGGGGAGAUCGCCAGCGGCUUCUGGCAGGCCACUUCCAUCUUCCUGGCAGUGGGUAUUCUGCUGCUGUGCACUGUAGCCAUCAUGUCCAUCUUCACCUUGUGCUUCCAGAGCAUCAUGAAGAAGAGCAUCUUCAAUGUCUGUGGUCUCCUGCAAGGCAUUGCAGGUCUCUUCUUGAUAUUGGGCCUGAUGCUGUACCCCGCUGGCUGGGGCUCCAAAAAGGCCCAGGAUUACUGCGGAGCAGAUGCCUCCCCGUAUAAAGUGGGCCUGUGCUCUCUGGGCUGGGCCUUCUACACGGCCAUCGGUGGCACGGUGCUCACCUUCCUCUGCGCCGUCUUCUCCGCUCAGGCUGAGAUCGCCACCUCCAGCGACAAGGUGCAGGAGGAGAUAGAGGAAGGCAAGAGUCUCAUCUGCCUCCUUUAGACAAGAGGAUCAGACCUGGCCUUCAGAAAAGAAAGCCACCAAAGUAUCAAGACAUUAGUGCCACUAAGAGUACAGCCUUCAACCACUCUAACCACUAUUUUUGGCUCUAUUUUUUUAUUUCCCAAUUCUAAUCUUUCAAUAACCUGUCUACAGUAUAAGGAAGAGUUACUCUGCCAUCAAGUGAUUGUAAAUAACCUUGUAUAUACUGUACAGAACCUCAAAGAAAAUGUGAAAUGUAUUUUUGUCAACCUUGAAAAUCACUAGAUUUACCAAAGGUUGCUUCAUUUUGUAUAGAUAGUUAGGUUGACCCCCAUUAUUAUGUUACCGUAGCUACACAACUGAGCAUGGCUUUUAAAAUCAGCAUGCAGAUGGACAAGAAUUGGAAGACGCAUAACUGACUAAAUAGCUGAUGCCCUUUUCAAUAGAUGAAGACCUCACAAGGAUAAAGCAAAUGUUCACUGGUGAUGUUCAUCCAGCAUUCAAGUCAACUUAAGGAUUUAUUCACGGGGGAAAUUACUGUGGAUUUCUCUCUGUUGGCUUACAUUUGUGAGAGACAUGACAGUAAAAGGAGCCAUUUAGCUAUCUCAAGACUUGCUGGAAAUAUCGCACACAAGAAGGAAGGGAUUGUACUAAACCGCAAUGCCGACAAAUCCCCUCUGGCAUUCCUUUCUUAUCCUUUUUAUGUUUGUUUUAGGCUUUUUUUUACUCACUAGCUCACUGCCAAAAAUGAAAAAGGGGGAAGAGACAGGUUUGGCCGCCAUUUCUCUUCCCCCUCCAUCUUUAAAGAAAUGUGUCAGGGAAAGAAAUUCACAGACUGGUACCAAAAGUGUCCUUUGCAAGGGGGAAGCACUCCUCUGCCAAAAAAGGAGGUUCUACCUGCUUGGAGAACAUCCUUCAAGAUCCUUUAGCACGCUCAGUGUUCCUAAUAAGGUCUUACAUCAGCAACUGUAUUUUUAAGCUUGAACAUCUCCCACAACUGAUAAUACUGCUUAGUGCAUGUCCAUAGACCAGGGGUGUCCAAUCUUAUCAGCAAAGGGCCGGUGUGUGUGUGGGUGUUUGGGAUAACCUGUAGGUCAGCUGUUCAAACCCUGGUGUGAGGACUCUUCAGCCAAUCAAUCCUCUAAUUAGUAAUCUAAUUAGGCAGCGAAAAUCCACAUACACACCAGCCCUUUGCAGAUAAGAUUGCCCACCCCUGGUGUAGACACCUAAAAUGACAAACCAAAAAGCAUUACAAAAGAUUUAAAAAUAUAUGGUACUAAUUUGUACCCAUAGUAGAAAGGGGAAUAUUGCAGAAGACUGUAUUCAAAUGACAUUGUCUUCAUAGAUCUGCUGUAAGAAUGUAAUUUUGACUUAACUCAUUAUUUAAGGUUCAAGUAUGUACAAUAACAUGAGUUACUAGGUGCAUCACAAUUAACACUGAAACUAAAGAUAUAGACACAAUGAAACAAUGGUGAAAUACUAACAAUUAUUAAGCAAUUGCAAGAUAUGCUAAUACAAGGUUCAGAUCCUGAAUUUUUUGUUUUGAAGGUACCAGCUAAUGUAGUAAAUGACUUGUGCAGAAAUGUGAUCCUUGUUUCUGUUUCCCUGAUAUUUCGUAAUUUUUAUUGUAAGUAGCUAACAAGUUGGCUCACAGUAAUUUUAGCUUGUAUAGCUAACCUUAGCUAGUUCAUUACCCAGCCUGUUAUUGGACAGAACAUUACGUGGUUUGAUUACCUUCUGAGCACAUGCCCAUAUGCUUUACCUUUUCAAACACUGCGUUCAUUAACGGCUUAUUGUGAUGCAUAUUUCCAGCGUCUGUUUUCAUUUUUCGGAAAGGCAAUUCUUCAGUAUAUUUACACAGUUUUAGGUUAUCAUGUCAUGCUCUACAAAAUGUGGCUCUAGCCUAAACAAUAAAAUUAUUAUUUUAAACAAUUA